AUGUCUGCGCCUGAGCCACUGCAACAAGUAGUGGUAGCGGACAAUGAGAAGUCUCAGACACAUGCCGAAAGUUCAAGAUCGUCAUCCAACGACGAUCUCAAGGGCCCCGAGGUGGACGCCACGAAGAAAAAAUGGUACCGCAAUCUCAACCCGGUUCGAUGGCAGAAAAUUCCGCCUGUGCCGGAACAGCGAUCGGUAUCUCAUGAGUACGGCGCUUCAUUCCUCAGUCUGGUUACAUUCCAAUGGAUGGCCCCGUUGAUGAAAGUCGGAUAUUUACGAUCUCUCGAACUGCAAGAUAUCUGGACGGUGAAUCCAACCCGAACUGUUGAUGUCUUGUCCAGCCGGUUAGAUGCUGCGCUCGAAAAACGCACCGAGAGCGGGACCAACCGUCCUUUGGUCUGGGCCUUGUACGACACCUUUAGGUUCGAGUUCAUCCUCGGUGGCAUUUGCCAACUGUUCAGUUCGCUCUUGAUGGUCUUUGCACCGUAUCUGACGAGGUACCUGAUCUCUUUUGCGACGGACGCCUACGUUGCUCAAAAGGCUGGCCAUCCGGCCCCUCAUAUUGGCCAUGGCAUGGGCUUCGUCGUUGGCAUUACUUGCAUGCAGGCCGUGCAAAGCAUGUGUACAAACCAGUUUCUGUACCGGGGCCAGAUGGUUGGUGGCCAGAUUCGAGCGGUUCUGAUCUCGCAGAUUUUCAACAAGGCUAUGAAAUUAUCUGGCCGUGCAAAAGCUGGUGGGCAAGCAACCUCACAAGAAGUCAAGGCACUUGAGGCCACUAAAGAGGCACUUUUGAAACCCGAGGAGAAGCAAGAGAAGUCUGACGCGAAAGAGAAACCGAAAGCUGAAAAUGUUUCUCCUGCUAAAGAUGGUGUUGCUGGAGAUGGCCUUGGAUGGAACAAUGGUCGCAUCACCGCCCUGAUGAGUAUUGAUGUGGAUCGUGUCAACUUGGCAAUGGGAAUGUUCCACAUGAUUUGGACUGCUCCCAUCUCCAUCAUCGUGACCCUUGUUCUUCUCCUGGUCAACCUUGGCUACAGUUGUCUAUCUGGCUACGCACUGCUUGUGAUUGGCAUGCCUUUCCUCACCGUAGCGGUACGAUCUCUCAUCGUGAGACGUCGCAACAUCAAUAAGAUUACUGAUCAGCGAGUCUCAUUGACCCAAGAGAUUUUACAGGCUGUUAGAUUCGUCAAGUACUUUGGCUGGGAAAGCAGUUUUCUAACCCGCCUGAAAGAAAUCCGUGGCCAAGAAAUUCGUUCUAUUCAGACUCUAUUGGCAAUUCGAAAUGGCAUUCUCUGUAUUUCGUUGUCAAUUCCUACCUUUGCCUCGAUGCUGGCUUUCAUCACCUACUCGCUCACAAACCACAACCUGGACCCCGCGCCAAUCUUCUCGUCACUGGCUCUCUUCAAUUCUUUGCGUAUGCCUUUGAACAUCCUUCCACUUGUCAUUGGCCAGGUAACCGAUGCCUGGACUGCUUUCAAUCGAGUGCAGGACUUCCUCCUCGCAGAAGAGCAAAACGAAGACAUUGAACGAGAUGAGAGCAUGAAUAACGCGAUUGAACUAGAACAUGCCUCAUUCACUUGGGAGCGCCUUCCGACAGACGAAAAGGAGAUUUCAAAGACCGAGAAAAAGGCAGCUGCCCAGGAGAAAAAGGAGAAAGCCAAUCCCGACGACCACGAAACGUCCAAUGAUGCACCGGCACAGCCCUUCAAACUACACGACAUGACUUUCGAAGUUGGCCGAAAUGAGCUGUUGGCAGUUAUCGGAACCGUCGGCUGUGGUAAGAGCUCUUUGCUUUCGGCCUUAGCAGGCGACAUGCGUGUGGUUGAUGGCGCUGUUCGACUCAGCACCACGCGUGCAUUCUGUCCCCAAUAUGCCUGGAUUCAGAACACCUCUGUGAGAAAUAACAUCCUGUUUGGCAGAGACUUCAAUGAGUCAUGGUACGAUCGGGUCAUCGAUGCAUGUGCAUUGGCUCCCGAUCUCGAAAUUCUCCCCAAUGGCGACCAAACCGAAAUUGGAGAACGAGGAAUCACUGUGUCUGGAGGACAAAAGCAACGCCUGAACAUUGCCCGGGCCAUUUACUUCAACGCCGACCUUGUUCUCAUGGAUGAUCCGCUAUCAGCUGUCGAUGCCCAUGUCGGUCGUCACAUUAUGGAUAAAGCCAUCUGUGGUCUACUCAAAGACCGUUGUCGAAUCUUGGCUACACAUCAGUUGCAUGUGCUCAACCGAUGCGACAGAAUUAUUGUCAUGGACGAGGGGCGUAUCGAUGCCGUUGACACCUUUGACAACCUAAUGCGCGAAAACGACAUUUUCAAAAGGUUGAUGUCUACUUCCCGACAGGAAGAUAUGGAAGAGGAAGAGACUGAAGCCGUUGAUGAAGUGGCCGAAGAAAAGAUCGAUGAGCAGCAGGCCCCAAAGAAGGAAGUUGUGACUAAACCAGCUCCGGGUUUGAUGCAACAGGAAGAAAAGGCUACCUCUUCUGUCGGGUGGAGUGUAUGGAAAGCCUACAUCCGAGCGUCAGGAAGCCCCUUGAACGCCAUUGUGGUGAUUUUCUUGCUCGGCGUGGCUAAUGUAGCCAACAUCUGGACUAGUUUGUGGCUUUCCUACUGGACCUCAGACAAGUAUCCAUCACUCUCAAUGGGCCAGUACAUCGGUAUUUAUGCCGGGUUGGGUGCUUUGAACGUUGUUCUCAUGUUCACUUUCUCCACAUAUUUGACGACCUGUGGAACCAACGCCAGCAAAACCAUGCUUCAUCGUGCUAUGAACCGUGUGCUCCGUGCUCCCAUGGCAUUCUUCGACACCACACCACUUGGACGAAUCACAAAUCGUUUCUCAAGGGACAUCCAAGUGAUGGACAAUGAGCUCUCGGAUGCAAUGAGAAUCUACGCAUUGACCAUGACCAUGAUUAUUUCUAUCAUGAUCCUCAUUGUAGUUUUCUUCUAUUAUUUCAUCAUCGCGCUUGUGCCGCUCUUCGUCCUGUUCCUCUUAGCGUCAAACUACUACAGAGCAUCUGCCCGUGAGAUGAAGCGCCACGAGGCACUUCUGCGAUCUACGGUCUAUGCCAAGUUUGGCGAAGCCAUCACCGGUGUCGCGUGUAUCCGAGCAUAUGGUGUGCAGGGUGAAUUCCAACGCAGCAUCCGGGACUCGAUUGAUGUGAUGAAUGGUGCUUAUUUCCUCACUUUCUCUAACCAGCGCUGGUUGAGUAUCCGACUUGAUGCCGUGGCUAUCCUAUUGGUCUUUGUGACAGGAGUAUUGGUGGUGACAUCUCGGUUCAAUGUCUCACCCAGUAUUUCUGGCUUGGUUUUGUCUUAUAUCUUGGCCAUUGCCCAGAUGUUGCAGUUCACAGUGCGUCAACUGGCUGAGGUCGAGAACAACAUGAAUUCCACGGAGCGUGUUCAUUACUACGGUACCGAGUUGGAAGAAGAAGCACCCUUGCACCAGAGAGAAGUCACUGAGAGCUGGCCCGAAAAGGGUCGCAUUCAGUUUAGCAACACCGAAAUGCGGUAUCGUGCCGGACUUCCCCUUGUCCUGAAGGGUCUCUCCAUGGACGUGCGCGGCGGCGAGCGGGUUGGUAUCGUCGGUCGCACCGGUGCCGGAAAAUCGAGCAUCAUGUCUGCUCUUUUCCGCCUAACAGAGCUGUCCGGAGGUAGUAUCAAGAUUGAUGACAUCGAUAUCUCCACAGUUGGUCUUCAAGACCUUCGAUCUCGCCUUGCUAUCAUCCCCCAGGAUCCAGCUCUCUUCAAGGGCACCGUUCGAUCAAACCUCGAUCCUUUCAAUGAGCACAAUGACCUCGAACUAUGGUCUGCACUUCGCAAGGCAUAUCUGAUUGACCAGGACAGCGAACCGGUUGAUACAGAAACGAAGAGCGAGCCUACCAGCGGAGACGCCACUCCAGUGGUGGGCGAUGCCAAACCACGUCCAGCAAACAAGCUUACACUCGAGUCACCUGUCGACGAAGAGGGUCUUAACUUCUCUCUAGGCCAGCGACAGCUGAUGGCCCUCGCGCGUGCGCUUGUUCGUGAUGCCAGGAUCAUCGUCUGUGACGAAGCCACCUCCUCAGUUGACUUUGAAACAGAUCAGAAGAUCCAGCGGACCAUGGCUCAGGGCUUUGAUGGAAAGACUUUGCUAUGCAUUGCUCAUCGCUUGCGUACGAUCAUUGGCUAUGACCGCAUCUGCGUUAUGGACCAGGGCCAGAUCGCCGAGAUGGACAGGCCUGUCGUGCUGUGGGAUAAGCCCGAUGGCAUCUUCCGAGCAAUGUGCGACCGCAGUGGAAUCACGCGUGAGGAUAUUCUCGCUUCUGAAUAA